CUCAACCUUUGGACGACUGGCGAGUACGUUGCGGGAGAUAGCGAUCCAGUUUCUCGCACGCAUGAGAAACAUUCCAAAAAGUCGAAAGUGAGAAAAAGAAAAUACUAGAUUGUCAUUUCGAUUUCGCCAUACGGAUAAUUACCAGAUGAGGCCGUGGAGCAACAUGUCGACUUCCUGGCAGCAGCGUCCUCAUCGAGCAAAGGAGAUUAUUGAGAGUACAGUGGUUGUUCCUGCAGUGGCCAUGUGCCUGGUUGCAGUUGCUCCUCACUAUUUCAUUGCUUGGCUGACAUGGAGGGGACUGUCUUCAAUUUUGCCAGAUUGGCUCUAUCAGAAAGGAGAUGAUUUCUGCUAUGUGAUUUACCAAACAUACGUCUUGUUCUUCUUUGAGCAUUUCACUGGCACAAAGUUCAUCUUUGAUGGUGAUGCAGAAUUUGCUUUCAGGAAGAAAGAAAAGGUCCUUUAUCUUGCCAAUCAUCAGUCAGCAGUGGACUGGGUUCUCAGCAAUGUAGUGGCCGUCAGACAGGGUUCUAUAGGACACCUUCGAUAUGUGAUGAAAUCCUCACUACAGAUCAUACCUCUGUAUGGCUAUUAUUUCUAUCAACAUGGCUGUAUUUAUGUGCGAAGAGGACAGUUUUCCCAGGAGAAGAUGCUGACUGGUCUUCAGUAUUUACAAAAUCCAGCCAUCACAAGUUGGCUUGUCGUGUUUCCUGAAGGAACCAGGUUUAAUCCUGAGUGCAGAACCCUCAUUGAAAAGUCAGAAAAGAUAGCCAAGGAUGCAGGGUUACCAGUAUUAAAGCACCAUCUCACUCCUAAGCAUCGUGGCUCAUUCAUGGCUUUGCAGGCCCUCCAUAAAAAUUUGGAUGCAGUUUACAACAUCACAGCUGUGUAUGGAUCUUCAGUGACGCCAGAUGGUAGAAGGGUCCAAGCCCCACAGCUCACAGGUUUCUUCAAUAAGUCCUGUCAGUGGGUCUAUGUCCACAUUGAGCGAGUGCCAAUGCAAGAAGUGCCAUUAGAAGAGGAAAAAUUCAGACACUGGAUGCAUGAAUGCUUUGUGCACCGUGACAGGUAA